AUGUCAUUGAGUGAGAUAGUUGAAAAUGUGAAACAAGCGAGGGAAUUGGCUCUUCUUGGGAACUAUGAAAGUUCACUGACAUAUUACUCUGUUGGUCUUGCACAGCUUAAAAAUUUUACUGUAUCUAUUUCAGAAGCAAACAGAAAACAACAAUGGCAGACUGUGCGACAAGAACUGGCAGAUGAAUAUGAACUGGUAAAAGAUGUAAACCAAACUUUAUCCAGUUUCAAACUAUCUGAUGAUGAUUCAGGCCUAAGCGCUUUCGCUAGCCGCUACAAUUCUCGUGGAGCUGUUGAAGAACCGACCAGAGAUCCAGAUGUUUGGCCACCUCCACCACCCUUAGAUCGGAGGCAUGGUGGUGGCGCUCAGAACUCACCUUUGUCCAAUGUACAGAUUAAUGCUGUUCCUAGUUCAUAUUACAAAUCACCCAUUACUCAUGGCCCAGUUCCUUCUCCUUCUGCAAAUGUGAAGUCACCCGCUAAUGUUGGAGCAUCCGCACGCCGUCAAGCAAAACCAAAUCCUACAAGUGCACGUUCUAAGGGCACAGCUCAGUCUUCCGUGAACAAUCGUCGGGCUAAGCCUGGAUCUCAGUCUACUGGAGACUCUGCCAACAACAAUAGUGAAGAAAAGUUUGAUGCAAGCGGAUAUGAUAAAGAUCUUGUAGAAACACUCGAAAGAGACAUAGUUCAACGCAAUCCAAAUGUUCGAUGGGAUGAUAUAGCUGCAUUAGAUGAUGCAAAGCGUUUACUUCAAGAGGCUGUGGUUCUCCCGAUGGUUAUUCCCGGUUUCUUUAAAGGAAUUCGUAGACCAUGGAAAGGUGUAUUAAUGGUUGGCCCACCAGGUACCGGUAAAACGCUACUAGCUAAAGCGGUGGCUACAGAAUGCGGUACUACAUUCUUUAAUGUUUCCAGUUCUAGUUUAACAAGUAAAUGGAGAGGAGAGUCAGAGAAAUUAGUUAAACUUUUAUUUGAUAUGGCACGUUUCUAUGCUCCAAGUACAAUAUUUAUGGAUGAAAUUGAUUCAAUUUGUUCUCGACGAGGUAGUGAGUCAGAACACGAGAGUUCCAGACGAGUGAAAUCUGAACUUUUAAUUCAAAUGGAUGGAGUGACGGGUGCAACAGGACAAGAUGAAGAUCCAUCAAAGUCAGUUAUGGUUCUUGCGGCUACAAACUUCCCAUGGGACAUUGAUGAAGCCUUACGAAGACGUCUUGAGAAACGAGUAUAUAUACCACUGCCAAAUGUAGUCGCACGUAAAACUCUUCUUCAGAUCAAUUUAAAAGAUGUUCCAUUAGCUGAUGAUGUAGACUUGGAUAAGAUAGCUGAACAGUUAGAUGGUUAUUCUGGCGCAGAUAUAACAAAUGUGUGCAGAGAUGCAUCAAUGAUGUCUAUGCGACGAGCUAUAGAAGGUCUUUCAGUUGAACAAAUUAAAGGUCUUAAUACGGCUACACUAAAUCAACCAACACAGAUGGCUGAUUUUGAAGAAGCUCUCAAUCGUGUAUGCAGAUCUGUUUCAGCCGGUGAUGUUGAACGUUAUGAGAAGUGGAUGGCUGAAUUUGGUGCAACAUGA